AUGCGCAAUAGUCAACACCAGCUUGACGGCUCUCACAUCCUCUGGGGAAAAGCCCGCAUGGCUCUCUUUCUUCAGGCUAGCGUCCCCGGUCCGUCUGAUGCGUACAUGUGCUCGCUCCCAAGGUCCAUCUCGGCCUGGCUGCCGAUCUCGACGUCCUCUCGACACACGCUAGGCACGUGCGCGACUUGCAAGAUGCUGCCCGACUUCAUGUCGUUUCAGAUAAUUUUUCGGGCAAUUCAUCUGCUCAAGCAAUAUUUGAAGCACAUGCUCUUCUAUCUCAUGUGA